UUGCAGGUGUACCUGUUCCCUUUGAUCUACAACCUAGUUAGCGGAGAUAACUAUGAUCUGAAGAUAGCUGUUCCCAUACUCCAGAGGUAUCCGAAAAUCAAAGUUCAGGUUCGAGUGGCUCUAUUGGACGACACCAACAAAAAGCUCUUCUGUCAACAAUUUCCCGUUCAAAUCGAUUAA